UGAAACAAGAGCUGCAGACAGUUUGAGCGCGCAGGUGUUCAUCAUGAGAGAGCAGGUGGAUGUGAUCUGCUGUAAAUCAGUAGGAACUGAUCUGUCCAUGCUGGAUAUUGAUGAUUUCAUCACAGAAAUCUCUCAGCUGAAGAAAGAGGUGACGUCACUGAAGACAAAACUGAAGGAGAGAGAACUGUAUUCAUCCUGCACCUGUUUUGAGCGAGUUAAAGUUGAGAUUGAGCUGGAAAAGGUUUCCUGUCAAUCUUCAGUGUGUGUGACUGAUGGGACCUCCACAGAAUGUCAGGAUUCAGUGUGGAGCGGCAGAGAUCAGUCCACAACCACAGCAGCUGCUGGACAAACUCUCUGAACAGAGAUCCAGAGACACACAGGACUCACAGCUCACUUUACUCUGUUCUACUGAUGCUCAGGAGAGUGUGUGUGACAGUAAUCAGGGUGAUCAAACCUCCACAGAGUCUCUGACUUCUGUCUGUAACGCUGGAGAACAGCAGAUGCUGCAGACACCAGUGAAGAUUGAAGUGAAGAUGGAGGAGAUAAAAGAAGAGGAACACAGUGAUGAAGAUGAUGAUGAACAGCAGGUUCUGCAGACACCAGUGAAGAUGUGUUCAGUGAAGAUUGAAGUGAAGCAGCAGGAGGAGAUAAAAGAAGACGCAACAGAGGAAAAACUGAGUGAUGAAGAUGAUGAUGAUGAUGAUGAUGAUGAAUUUAUUCCUUCAGAGCUGAUGGAAGUGAAAGAGGAACAUCAAGAGCUGAAUGACGUGAAGGAGAAACUUCAGGAGCAGAAACAUCAUGAUUUCACAACUGGAGAAACAUCAGCAAACGGCUCCAAGACUAAGAAGAGUAUAUCACCAAAAAAGCCUCAAAGAGCAGCAGCUAAAAAUACUUUCACCUGCUCUCAAUGUGGAAAUAGUUUCUUAUAUAAAAGCCAGCUUAAUGUACACAUGAGAAUUCACACUGGAGAGAGACCUUACACGUGCCAUCAGUGUGGAAAAAGUUUCACGAUUAAAGGAAACUUUAAGAUGCACACAAGGGUUCACCCUGGACAGAGGCCUUACACGUGCCAUCAGGGUGGGAAAGGUUUUGCAUCUGCUGCCCAAUUAAAAAAUCAUCUCUGCUGUCACUCUGGAGAAAGACCUUAUGAAUGUGAUCAGUGUGGUAAAACAUUUGUUGUGGCAGCGUACCUUAGACAACACCUGAAAACUCACUCAAAUGAGAAGCCUUACAAGUGUUCUAUUUGUGGAAAGAGUUUUGCACGUGUGUCCUAUUUUAAAGAGCACCAGAAAAUACAUACCGGUGUGGGGGCUCACAUGUGCUUUGAAUGUGGGAAGACCUUUACUUCAGCCGGCAAUUUGAAACAGCACCAGAGAAUUCAUACUGGAGACAAACCAUACAAGUGCUCACACUGUGGAAAGACUUUCACUCAAUCACAAGACCUGAAAGCACAUGAGAGAAUCCAUACUGGAGAGAAACCAUACAAGUGCUCACACUGUGGAAAGUGUUUCACUCUUCCAGUAAACCUGAAAAGACACAAGAGAAUCCAUACUGGAGAAAAACCGUAUAAGUGUUCACACUGUGAAAUGAGUUUCACUCAGUCACAACACCUGAAAAGACACAAGAAAAUCCAUACUGGAGAAAAACCAUACAAGUGCUCACACUGUGGAAAGACUUUCACUCAGUCACAAAGCCUGAAAACACAUGAGAGAAUCCAUACUGGAGUGAAACCAUACAAGUGCUCACACUGUGGAAAGUGUUUCACUCAGUCAGUACACCUAAAAGCUCAUGAGAGGAUUCAUACUGGAGUGAAACCAUACCACUGCUCUUCAUGUGGGGAAAGUUUCAGUGCGGCAAGUACUAUACAGAAACAUGUAAAAAAUAACUGCUCAAGUAGUCACAGUGAGCAAAAAUCAUCCUCAUGUCCAACGAAAUCAAGUAAAUAGUUUGAAAUUCAGAUAAACUCAAAGAUUUCUCCCAAAAGAGCAGCAUCAUUUAAAGCCCUAUUCGGAGGGUACUAGUUUUCCCUGAGGAGGUUUGGGAAAUCUAUGUUUCACAGACUUUAUUUUAAUCCCAUCUGAAUCUGACAAGUCUGUUUUUCUCACAAAACCUCUGUAAACAUUUCAGAGCAAAUAACCUAAUGUGGACAUUUCUCCAAAAAGUAAGAUCUUUGUCCCCAUGUGCACUUGCAAACUGUAGUCUGGUAGUCUGGCUUUUUUAAGGAAGUUUUGGAGCAGUGGCUUCUUCUUUGCUGAGCAGCCUUCCAGGUAAUUUUGAUAUAGGACUUAUUUUACUGUGGAUAUAGAUACUUGUCUACCUGUUUCCUCCAGCAUCUUCACAAGGUCCUUUGCUGUUGUUCUGGGAUUGAUUUCCACUUUUCACACCAAACUAUGUUCAUUUCUAGGAGACAGAAUGCAUCUCCUUCCUGAGUGGUAUGAUGGCUACAUGGUCCCAUGUUGUUUAUACUUGUGUACUAUUGUUUGUACAGAUGAACGUGGUACCUUCAGGCAUUUGGAAAUUCCUCCUAUGGAUAAACCAGACUUGAGAAGAUCCACAAUGUUUUUUCUGAGGUCUCCUCCGACUGACUGAAAUUAGCCUAUCAGAAGCUAAUUGCUUAAAGGCUUGAUAUCAUUUUCUGGAAUUUUGAAAACUACAUAAAGGCACUGUUAACUUAGUGUUCAUAAACUUCUGACCCACUGGAGUUGUGAUAUAGUCAAUUAAAAGUAAAACAACCAGUCUGUAAACAAUAGUUGGAAAAAUGAUUUGUGUCUGGCACAAAGUCGAUGUUCUAAAUGACUUGCCAAAACUAUAACACUAUCCUGGCUUGCAAAAAAGUUAAAAUUUAUUUAUUUUCGGUCACUCGACCUUCAUCAGGCAAUUACAAACAGAGUGCAACAGC